AUGGCCGCGCCCGCAGAUGCGCGCAAGAUCGUCAAGAAGCGGAUGAAGCGGUUUCCUCGCUUCCAGGCUGACCGCUUCAAGAAGAUGAAUCAGUCCUGGCGCAAGCCCGUCGGCAUCGACGGCCGCGUGCGGAGGAAGUUCAAGGGCUCGACGCAGAUGCCGAGCAUCGGCUACGGAUCGGACAAGAAGACGAAGUUCCGUCUCAGGAACGGCUUCUACAAGUUCCGUGUGCAGAACCUGUCGGACCUGGAGAUGUUGCUGAUGCACAACGAGAAGUACGCCGUUGAAAUCGCCCAUAACAUCGGGGCCAAGAAGCGCAAGGAGAUCGUCGAGAGGGCGGAUCAGCUGCGGCUCUUCGUCACGAACAGGUUCUCGCGGCUGCGCACGGAGGAGAACGAGUGA